AAGGACGUUCAUCAGUCAUACGCAGCACAGAACAGAAUUUGAAAUAAAAAUAUUUGUAACAAAAAUAUGUAAAUAGAUUAGGGAGUUUUCGAUUAUAGUUUUGUCUCUUUCACACGUAUUGUAACCAGACGCGUGUUGCCGCCAUCUGCGAUUCCUGCGGGCUAGUGUGCGCGAAUUUUGAACGAUGCCUACGCGCAUCGCGAAUAUACGUGCAGCGCGUCUCAUUCCGCGCUCUCGCCGCGUCCGGUCGCGUGGUGUGUGUGUACCCUAGGUAACGGUCGCGUGGAUAUGGCCACAUUAAAACAAGAGUGAAUCAGCAUUUUAAAAUCAGUUUCAUAUUAUUUUUUAAAACUAUAAUGAAUAUAAGUGAAUAUAAAGAAGAAAUUCCGAGUGCUAAGAGAUAUUAAGAAAGAAGCGUUUUGGUUGAACAAAGAGGUGUAUAACAGUGUUUAUAAAAACUUACGUAAAGCAAACGUGUGACAAUGGAAGGAAAAGACAGUGAACGUAAUGAGAAAGAGAAGGUAGAGAUAAUAGAGACGAUGGAGAAGUUCGGCAGAUAUCAGAUGCUGCAGUACUUCUUGAUAUGUCUACCAGCUGCUGUGGUCACCAUAUUCAAUGUUAACUACGUUUUUGUCGCUGGAGAUAUCAAUUAUAGAUGUCGUAUACCAGAAUGUGAUGGUCAGUAUCCGGUGUACAACACGACGUGGUGGCCCAACACGCACACUGACAGGUGCACGAGGCCGCUGCUCAAGCAGCCGGCAGCCGGAGUGUGCACCAAUAACAGUUUCUCUGACGAAGUCGCGGUCUGCACAGAAUGGGUUUACGAAACUAACAACACCGUUGUUGCUGAGUUGGAUCUCGGUUGUCAGCCGUGGAAGAUAAAUCUAAUCGGUACAAUGCACAACAUUGGCAUGUCGCUCGCAAUGAUGGCGUCUGGAUGGCUGUGUGAUAGAUAUGUGUUCAUAGAAAUGCUGGAAGCGACAAUCUCUAGCGGAGCGUACACGGCUGGAAUGGUAUUAAUGAUAGAAAUCGGCGGUAAAAACAACAGAGUUCUAGCAGGAGUUGUAUUCGCUUAUGCUGUUUACAUGGGAGAGACUUUAUACGCUAUCAUUGCAAUGUUCGUGCCAUACUGGAAACAUCUUGUCGCAGUCUUAUACAGUCCUGCGAUAGCAUUUAUAUUACUAAUAUUUGUAAUGAAUGAAAGUCCUAGAUGGCAAUUACUAAACGAUAGAACUGAAAGUGCUAAGAAAACACUAUUAAAAGUAGCAAAAGUCAACAAAGUGAACAUUGAUAGUGAAAAAUUGAUUAAUAUGAGUGCAGAGGAUUUAAAAAAUGAAUAUAAUAUUGGUAGUUAUGAAGAGAGAGAAGGUUUUAUGGCGAUAUUUAAAUCUAGAGAGAUGAUUAAAAGAGCUUUAGUGGCCGUCUUUUGUAAAUUCACGGUUGGCUUCGUGUAUUACGGCUUGAUGAUAAACUCAGUAUUCUUGCCUGGUAGUAAAUAUACGAACUUCAUGUUGGCCACCGCCAUGUCUUAUCCAGGAGAAUUAAUGUCUUUGUACUUAAUGAACAAAGUUGGUAGAAGAUUUCCAUUGAUAUAUGGGUUCUUGUUAUGUGGUCUGUUAUGCGCUACCACUGGCUGGAUACCUGAAGCAUACACUUGGCUUAAAAUAACUGUAUUCCUAUUGGGUAAGUUGAUAGUGUCAGUUUGUUAUACCGGAGUGAUCACGUAUACAAUGGAACUGUUCCCUACAAGUGUGAGAGGAACAAUGCUGGGCGUGUGCUCCGUCAGUGCGGGCAUAGGUAGCAUGAUCGCUCCUUUAACUCCUAUACUGAAUACAGUAUCUGCAGUUCUUCCGCCGAUGAUAUUUGGUAUAACAGCGAUAGUAUCUGGUUUACUUCUCAUACGAACCCCAGAGACUAAAGACGCGCCUUUAAUGGAUACAAUACAGCAAGUUGACUUAGCGCAGUCGCUGAUCCCAAGGAAAAAUAAAACGGUACAAAACGAAAUUACGUACAGAUUUAAUAAAAGUGAUAAUGAGUAAA